CCUUCACUUAAAUUUUCAACAAAUUUUCCAAAACGUAUAUAUAGCAAGAACAAGUAAUAUGGCGUCAGUGAUCUCACUACAAAACGCUUUGUGUAAACGUUUUUAACGUACACAAUUCAAGCAAUACGCGACGACGACUAAAGAUAAAAUCACAAUGGUUUCUUUAUAGCCGGAACCGUCGAGAAAGUUGAAGACAAUUUCGGAGAAUGAUGAAGACGGCGUUUUUUGUUUUCUUUCUUAUGAUGAAAGUAUACGCCACAAACCAAGUUCCAGUUGUAGAUAACGAUUUUUAUGAAGCACAGAAGAGAUUAAUAGCAAAGAUAAAUUCAGACUCAGGAAUUACUCGAGAAAUUCUACCAAUGGAAAACAGCACAAAACCAGUAACAGUUACAAUAGGUCUUGGCAUACGUCAAAUUUCAACAGUGGACGAAGUAAAUCAAGCUUUACGAUUGAACGUGUGGUUGCGUAUUAAAUGGAAAAAUAAAUAUCUUGCAUGGGAUCCAUCGAAAUACAACAACAUGAAGGCAAUUCACCUUAGCAAUGAUUUAAUAUGGACUCCUGAUAUUUGCAUGUACAACAAAGCAAGUCUCGAAGAAGAAAUUGAUGUUUUAUACAAAAGAUUAAGCACACCAAUUGUAGUAACAUAUGAUGGUACAUGUAAAUGGUAUGCUCCUGCUACUUUGCUAUCUCAAUGUAAAAUAAACGUACGACAAUUUCCUUUUGAUGAACAGAAAUGUGAACUUAAAUUUGGAUCAUGGACUUAUGCUGCGGAAAAAUUAGACGUUGUGGCUGGAAAGGCAACAGUGGAUAACUUUUUACCCAAUGGUGAAUGGGAUAUUGUUGGCUACCCUAUACAAAGAAAUUUACAAGAAUAUACAAGUGGAAAUUACCCAGAUGUUACGUUAACAUUUCACAUCAAACGUCAACCAUUGUACUACACGUUGAAUCUCAUCUUACCUUGUACAGUCAUUUCAAUAUUAGCAUUUCUUUCGUUUGUUUUACCUUCCAGUAACGGUGAACGAGUGUCCUUAGUCAUCACAGUGUUACUGGCUAUGUCUGUAUAUAUGUUGAUUGUAUCCUCUACUCUGCCCCAGACCUCCGAUGCAAUGCCCAUCAUUGGGACCUAUUUUCUGUGUGUCAUCGUGGAGAUUGCGUUGUGUCUUAUCGUCACGUGUUUUAUCAUUCGUCUUCGUGAGAGCGAAGGUGAAAUGCCAUCAUGGAUGGAUAAAUUUGUUAAUAUAAAACUUGCAAGAUUAUUGUUCGUACCACAAGCUAAAAAACCGUACACAUGCAAACCACGACCAAAAUUAAACGUCAAUGGUAACACGAAAGAAAUUUCUCUAACCGAACUUCAAAAGUUUUCAAAUGAUGACGUCAUGAAUGAGUUAGCCUAUCAGAAACUCCUCCAGAAAAUACGAGACGAAUUCUCUGUGUUGACAGAUGAUGUCCUCGCCAAACAGAAACGAGAAGCUCGACAGCAAAAAUGGCAUCAUGCUGCACGGGUCUUGGAUCGCUUUAGUCUUGUCCUGUUUUCCUUUAUUUUUGUUAUCGUUACGGCGUCGGUGUUUGGGUCAAGAAAUUAACAUAAAAUGUUUCAUUUACAUUUGAAAAAUUUCAAUGGAACAUUGAUGAAAAUAAGAAAAUGUGCUGUAAACAUGGAGUCACAAUUCUUUUAUAAAUGAAAUGAUUCUCAUAAAUUAAUUGAAAUAUCAAGGCAGGCAAAGAAUGACAAUGUAAAAAUUAGAAACCUCUCCAUUUUAUCGACAUUCUUACGCGGUAGUAUAUUUGUGCAGCUAGUGCCAUCAAUUGUGCACAAGAAAACAUUUCAUUUUUGUGAAAAUUUACAUUCGGUAGUGUGAGUGUGCAGUAAGGGCCAUGAUUCCUGUACAAUUGUUUUAAAAAAAUACUUACAUUCAGUAAAUAAUAAUCACUUGUUUUA